AUGUACAAUUAGGAAUGCUAUAUUAUGAAAUUAAAGACCUUGAUAAAGCUGUAAAAUAUUUAAAGUAAUCUGAUUAUUUAAUAAUAAAAAUAUAAUUGGUGGACCAAAUUAAGAUAAAUAGAAAUACAAGUAUAAAAGCUAUAAUUAUAAGUUGAUUAAAUUUAAAUUUAUGGUGAUAGCACAGAAACUGUAAAAGAUCUAUCAGCUAUUAUUAUUAAUUACUUUUCAUAAAUAAAAAAAACCAAUUUGAUGCCAAUUAAAAAAUAAAAUCCAUAUGAAGAUAUAAAUAUAUAUUUACAUGAAAAAGACAAAUUUGGAUAGAGUAUAUUAUGCAAACGAAUUCAUCAAAAGAUAUUUAAAAGUUAUAUUAGAUUGGCAUACAUAAAAAAAGAGAAUAUUGAAAAUUUAGUAAAAAAAAUAAAUGAAUAAAAUAUUUAGAUAGAAAGUUAGAAUAAUUAUCUUAAAGAAAUGUAAAACCUGAAAGAAUGA